UAUCUGUGCAGCGACACCAUUGCUUGAGCCCCCUCUAAGGAUAAAGUAACAAGUCUCAAGGUAUCGUUGGCACUGCAUCUCGCUGCGGAGGCUUUAAAGCCCACCUGCAAACCCGUUGAGGGCGGCAUUUUGGCGCUUUUAGUGUCCGCGAUUAGCGUAACGACUAUCACGAUCACGGGAGCCUCGGGGAUUCGAAUCCUUCAGCCACAAAACCUGGAUGUGUACAUGUCAGCAUUCAAAAGACUCAAUUUCGACAAAACGUCGACGUAUCGUGAUUCAGCCUGUCCGGCUCAUGUUUAGUUCAUAGGUAGCUGAUGGGUUGUAACCAAGUACGAUAUUUCAAGCCUUGAGGACAUGGCAAGUCAGGCUGCUGAAAGAUGUCGAACCUGUCAGAAGCGGAAGGUGAGGUGUGGGAGGGAGCAGCCCAUUUGCUUCAACUGCAAGAGAUUGGGCCUCACAUGCGAGAAGCCAUUGAAAUUUCGAUGGAGAGAUCAGACGAUGUCAACACGAAUAUCGAUGUCGGGAACAACGUCGGAGAAAAGCUCCGUCUGGGAUCCCGAAACAGAUGGUCGGUCUACUGGAGGUGACUUCCCGGAAGAUUUGUUAGAGAGUGUGGAAAGCCCACAGGAUACUGGAAAUCGCUUCGUGAAUACAACUCCGGAUAACUAUCUUGAAAUGUACCAGUCUAGCCACCAUCUCAGAGCAACAAGCAGCGUUGGAUCUGUGCAAACUAUUCCAGCAGGGAGUGUAAAGCUGGAAAGAUUCGAGGAUUACGCUGUGAGCCCGAGUUCUUCUCGGAGAACGUCCAUCAUGAAAAUCGAGCCUUCGGUUACGGCAAGGUCUGUUGCGAGUCAGAGCACAGGAAUGAGUUUGGCAAAACGAUUUAAACAAACUCUCGAUCCCACGUGGGGAAGCACCAAAGUGGCCCGGCCGUCUAUGUUUGAUCAAGCUUUUGUUCAUUCUCGAGAUUUACAGUAUUACAAUCACUACCGGGCAGUGUUCGUAUAUAGUAUUCAGGUCCACAGCAAAUUUCCAAGUGACAUACGGCCCUUUUGUCACGCGGAAGAUGAAACGGAAGACCCAUUUGAACGAGCGGCGGCCAGCUUCAAUCCUCUCUAUUACGCGAUUUUAGCCUUAUCUGCUUUGUCAAUGGCACAUCGAGAACGACUUGAUCGAGUUGAUUCGCUCCGAUACUAUCAACUUGCCAUUGAAGGAUUACAACAGCAGAGUACUCUUGAAUCCGUGAACAUGAUCUACACACAUUAUUUCCUCCUGCUAUACGAAGUUGCAGCCUGUGAACGGCGGACGAAUCUCGAGCUUGGACAUCUUGCUCAAUUAUCCCGGCUCAUGGCCUGGUACUUUACUACGCUUGCAACGAACCCCGAUUACGUAUUCCGAGAUCAAGCCUGUCGGCAGUGUACAGACAUCGCGAUGAUGUGUGUGCCGAUUGUCAGUUUGUACUGUGAUAUGCAUAGCUUGACGAUGCAGCGGCAGAAAUUCACUAUCAUCCCAGAUGUGAUGGUCACUGGGUUUCUGAAUGCCGUUGAUUCAGAAACCGGGAACCCACAGCUUGAGGCGAGAUUUACGGAUGCUGAUCUCACGCGCAAGAUUAUAGAACUCAAUGUAUUGGGAGGAUGGACACAUCGAGUCGUUCGGCAGACGAUCGAAAGCGUGAACAGUGGCGAAAUUACACAGUUAUCCGAACUGGAACCAAAAUUUAUAGAAUUGAAAGAGAAGGUAAAAGCACUGGAUGACUGGUGUUCUCGAUAUGCCCCGCAGGUACCAGUUGGCAUUUACGACGAAGUCUAUGCAAGCAUGCCAUUACAUUGCCAGACAACAUUUGAUUCUGCGCAAUACAUAGCUCGCGAGCUUCAGAUAUUCAUGCAUACCUCAAUUUUCCCCGGGCAGAGAAAGCAGCUCACAAAACCGCGAGAGGAAUACAUACAAUACCUCGCACGGGAGAUACUUUACUUGACUAGACCGAGGUGGGGCGAGACUCGACAGAUUGCUGCUAGUAACCUGGUGGCGAUUUUUAUUUGUGGGACUGUCGUUACGGCGAGUGGGGAGAAGGAGGAGGUGUUGAAAGUGCUGGAGACGAUGGGUGCGGAUGCCAGUGGAAGGAAUUUCGUAAGGGCGUCUGAUGCUCUGAAAGAGUUGUUUAGAGAGCAGGAGAGGGUGACAGGAAGAGGGGGAGAUGAGAGGGGGGUGGAUUGGUUUGUGUAUUUGAGAGAUAAAGGGUUGUUGGAUUUUUCGUUGUUUGGGAUUUAGCGAGUAUCUGAUGAAGCUUGUCUUAAAGUAAUAUUUAUUGCAUCUGGAUGUGCGAUUUGCAGCCAGUACUUAGAUCCUGCCACAGUACUGAAAUUCUUUUGAUCACCGAGCAGUGUCCGCAACUGUAACUUUCAGCAAUAAUAGCACUGAGCUUGUUAUCAGUCACGAGUGGUACGAGAAUUACUA